AUGGGAACAAUUUGUGUCGUUUUGUAUACGGUCACUGGGGUUUCUGCUCUUGCCGCCAUCAUAUCAAUUUUCUCAACUAUUCAUGUAUUGAACGAUAUUAAUAAUUUCGAAACUGAAAUUCUUGAAAAUAUUAAAGAAUUUAGGGAAUAUUCGAACGAUGCGUGGAAUGUAAUGAUUCAUACGAACAAUCAGAAGAUGGGAUUCGAUCGCAUUCGUGCUCGUCGACAAUAUGUUGUUGGCGGUGGCGCUCCAGUUUCUGGUUGCCAAUGUGGAUCACAAGCUUCAGGAUGUCCAGCUGGCCCACCAGGACCUCCUGGACAACCAGGAGCACCUGGAGAGCCCGGACUUCCUGGAGAUGAUGGCGGAGCAGGAUCCGCUGGAGUUGCUGGCGACGGUGGACACGAUAGCAAAUGCAUUUCAUGCCCUCAAGGACCUGCGGGACCACCAGGGCCAGACGGACCACCGGGACCCGCAGGUCCAAGCGGAAAUCCAGGACCCGACGGACAAGGCGGCUCAGCUGGAGCCCCUGGCCCUGCAGGACCAGCUGGAGCACCGGGAAAUCCAGGAAAUCCAGGAAAUCCAGGGCAGGACGGCCAACCAGGAGCUCCAGGAACUCGAUCCACUAGUUCACCAGGCCCAGCUGGUGGACCGGGACCGGCAGGACCACCGGGACCGGCGGGAACACCGGGAAGCGAUGGAAAUGGCUCUCCAGGGCCAGCAGGGCCAGCAGGACCUGCCGGAAAUCCGGGACAACCCGGGUCUGACGGCCAACCCGGAGGACCUGGAAGUGAUGGAACUCCGGGAAGUGAUGCGGCCUAUUGUCCGUGCCCACCAAGAAACGUAAAUCAGAACGGUUUCGAUCCAUUGCUCAAAGUCGUCGUGCUCGAAAACAACUACGUGAUAAGCUUGGAAGAUUCGCAAAACUUCGGAAAAGAUCGGUUUCAAGAUCUCGGUCAACGUCAAAAUCACUAUCAAGAUCAUCUUCGGCAUCAUCGGAUUCGUCAUCAUCCUCAUCGACUUCAUCAAUUCAUUCGGACACUGUUCUCAGUCGGAGUGGUGGAACUCCAAAAAUUGGAAGAAGAACUCACAGCGCUAGUCCAGUUUCGAACUUCCGAAGUCGUCUCAAUUCGCAUGCCAAGCAUCGUCGUGCGCGACGCAGACCUCGAUCAAUUUUGA